AUGGUGUCCACUUUUAUUAGGGAAAUCAUUAUAAACGCAGAUUUGAUCCUACUUUCCCCAAUUCUAUUUAAAUCGAUAAAUCAUUCAGUUGAUAUUGAAUCUGUUGAUGAUUUGACAACUAGUAUUGAUGGUUCGAAUGACUAUGUUACCCAAUUACUGUUUGAUACAUUGGUGAAAUUUGUACUUGUUGAUGUAUUUGUAUUUAUUAUAGCAGGAGAUGAAGUUUUGCGGUGGAAUCAUCGAGAAAUUGUUUUGGAUCAAUUUUACCGCCAAAUCUUUUACCCCUUUACCAUCAUCGAUCAUCAAAUACUAGAAUCUACCAGUAUCCAAGAUACAGUGAAUGUUUUCUAUAAUAUAUCAAUCCAUGGUACAAAAAUGUUGGUGCCUAAUGAAAUUGGCAUGCUCAAAAAGGCAAUAAACAAGUUUAGCCAGCUAAUGUAUCGCAUAAAUUUGUCAGCACAAUUUGCCAAUUUUUCAUACGAAUACAGAUUUAUGGAUGAACAAAGUACGAUAUCUAACAAAACUGCAGAUAAUAAAUUAACUCCAGAAAAUGAUAAAAGCAAAUCUGAUAACGAAUUUGCACAAUAUAACGAAACUGAACAUUUGAAUUUUGAUAACAAUCUAACCAGAAGAUUAUCGGAGAUUAUUAUACCAUUUUUAUUGGUCCCAGAAUUGGACAAUUUUGUUGGAAUAUACCAUAGAGCACCUAGAAUUUUGAUUUACGGUGACAAUAAUCGCAAAAUAUUUAACAAAUGGCUAGGCACUUUGAAGCAACAUUUAAAUUUUAAAUAUCUACCAAUAUCAAUUUCCCACAUUUUUAGUUGCUACUGUGGGGAUUCAGAAAGGAAUCUAACAUUCGCUUUCAAUUUGGCUAAGUCACAGAAUUGUUUCCCCACAAUUUUGGUACUAGAUGGUAUCCAUUUAAUCUGUAGGGACAUGAAUGGUAAAUGUGACAUGACAAAUCGUCUUUUUGCCACGUUAAUAUUGCAGUUAGAUCAACUUAAUCAACCCUUACAAUCUGAGUAUAUGCACGCACAGAUCAAUUCAGCAAUCAUAAAAUGUCCAACUGAUUGCCCAAUUGUUAAGUGGAUAAACCAGUGUCAGGAACGCAGUUUCGCUAUAAAUAUUUCUAAUGAGGAGAUAAAUAAGGCCAGUCCAAUUGCAGUGGUUGCUUUUACUGACGUGUCAAUUGAUGAGUUGUGCCAAGCUGUUACUAGAAAGGGCAGAUUUGAUUUCUUAAUUGAUGGCCUAUAA